AUGAAGAUAGUCACAGCGAUUCGCAAGUUUGGAUUAGAGUACUGCGACUUUCCAACUAUGCUUUGGAACGUGGCCGUGAUGCUCAGAGUCGCCACACUAAACGUUGAUCCUCGGCACAAGAAAGGUAUUCCUUUUAUCUACUACAUAACGGGUCCUAUAAUAGUCUGUUGCUUCUACUACGCAUACUGCUUCUCGACCCUCUGGUUCGUGUUCGUGAGAAGCAGGGAGACUAACGACAUUGUAAGCGCUAUGGUGGCGUUUUCCAUCUCCCUCUGCACUGAAAUUGGUCCCACUAAACUUCUCUUUUUAAUAUUGAACAGGAAACAAAUUAGGAGUUUAGUUGAGAAAUGUCUCGAACUUAACUCUCAUCUAAUGCCCGAUAGCCGCUUUUAUAAAAAUCUAUUGAAGCAAAUGAGAACUGUGAAGAAGCGAUUCAUUCUCUACGGAUCGCUGAACAUAAUGAACGGAGUAGUUUAUAUAUCGCAACCGCUUCUAACGCCUGGAAGACACGUUUUAAAUGAGAACUUUCCCUUUUAUGGUCUAGAGCCCGUUUUAGAAACACCAUACUAUGAAAUCUCAUUUGUAGUCGGAUUCAUAUCAACGUGUUACGUCUUGCAUCUUACAAUAAAUAUAACUGGAUUACUUGUAAUAUUAACCGGUUACACUGAAUCUCAAAUGAUCAGUCUGGGCUUGGAAUUUCAAGAACUUUGGAACGAUGCUAACAAACAUUAUCAAGAGAUAGUUUUAACCGACAAUUCUUCAGUAACAGUAAAUAAAGAAAAUGCAAUAAAAAAUGCAUACGUUAAAAGACAACUGCGCAAUAUGAUAAACAUACACACAGCGAAUAUACAAAUUUUGCGUCAAACGGAACGCGCGUUCAGAGGUGCUCUAGCAGCCGAAUUCGUUCUUUUGAUAUUAAGCCUAAUAGCUGAACUGCUUGGUGGCUUGGAGAACACAUAUAUACAAAUACCCUAUGGCUUUGCUUUAGUAGGAAUGGAUUGCCUCGCAGGACAGAGAGUUUUGGAUGCCGGCGUAGCUUUUGAGGAGGCAGUUUAUGAUAGUAAAUGGGAAAAUUUUAAUGCAGAAAAUAUGAGAACUGUGUGGAUGAUACUUAUAAAUUCUCAAAGACCAUUAAAUUUGUCAGCCGGAGGUCUGGCAAACUUGAAUUUGGGUAUCUUGAUGACUUUUGCUAGAUCUGCAUAUUCAGCUUACACUGCUCUUAGUUCUCACGUCAAACAUUGA